AUGAAAUUCUUGAUUAACCUUGUUAUUAUGUUCUUUCUCCUCAUAAACAUUUUCACAGCAAACACACAAUCUCUCAUUCAAACUUCUUGCAAGAAAGCUGCAGCUAGAGACCCGAAACUCAGACUCGAUUUCUGCAUAAAGUCUCUAGAAGGGCACCAAAGGAGCAAAACCGCACAAAGCCUGGGCGAAUUAGCCACGGCCUCGAUGAAAAACGCUGGGAUGAGGUCGAGGAGAUUGGAAGCAAAGGCUGACAAGAUUCUCGAGGAGAAGAACUACGGGAAAGGCAGUGUUCUCGGAAAGCUAAUCAAAGACUGCGCCAUGAUUUAUAAAGACAAUGCUGUGACCUUGAAGGAAGCUGUGACAAGCGUUAGAGUGCGUGAUUACAAAACAGCAAUCUUCGUUAUGAGUUCUGCACUGAAUGCGACGAGAUUUUGCGAAACUAGAUUCGAAACAAGAGACCCGCCUCGGAUAUCUCCGUUUACAAGAGAUAACGAGUUUUUGACUCAGAUGAUUCUUAUUCCUUUAGAUUUUACAAAAAUGUUGAAAUGA